CGAGCGCAACUCGUCGUCGUCGUCAUCGUCGUCACCAUCGCAGUCCAAAGCAAAGCAACAACAGCAGCACGUUGCGUCGUCGCAGUUGUCGUUUGUCGCACGAGGAAUUUUUUGCCAAGAUUUCGCCUGCGUGGUGUUCUGCAUGUGAACUAACAGGAAACGACGGGCACAUAAAAAGGCAUUAAGAAGCAGAACGCUCUAAGUACUGAAAAAUUAAAAGCGCAGCGCGAACCACCGUCAAACCACCGCCGCCGCCGUCGUCGUCGUCGUCGCUUGGCUAUGGACCCCUAGCCAUACACGCACACACACACACACACACACACACUCGCUAAUUGAGGUCGUGCGUCGUUUUGUUGAUUUGGCAGCGUACAAAUCGGACGCCAUUUUAUGUGUACAGGAAAUAUUACGAAACGAUUUAGCGAUCUGAGCGAGUACAGAAAUAAAAUAAAUUUAAAAAAAAAAACACAACGUAGCUAACCGGAAACGGAAAUAGACGGGCCACAGAAGUCAGUGCAAGAGAGCGCGAGAGAGCUAGUGAGCGCCAAACAGUGGGCCACUCCCCGACAUGAGCAGCAUGAAGGGCGGCUUCUCCACACUCAACCGCUGGUUCGGCAAGAAACAGAAAGAUAAGAAUGGCGUCGCCGGCUCCGCCUCCAAUGGCAAGCUAUCCAAGUCAACGACACAGUUGCAUCAUUUGUCCACAGACUCGGGCAUGCACAUAAACGAAACUAGUCAGCUGGAGUACAAUCGCAUCACACCGCUUCCAGCGGCCACCAGCAAUGCGCCCUUCGAGCAGACCUUCCGCAUCAAGGUGCUGCUGCCCAAGGAGCAGCUCUAUGUGACCCGUCUGGGCGCCCGCGUAGCGCUGAGUAAGCUGCUCGCCAUGGUCUGUGACAACAAGCAGCUGGAUGCGGACAAGUACGAGUUCCGAAACCCAGUCGACGCUAGUCAGGUGUAUAGCUGUGAGUCCACAAUUGGCGCCGUCGGCCUUUCCGAGAUAAGGCUGUGCCACAAGUCAGAAUCGUACGACAACUUCAAUGCCGACGCCAUGCCUAAGUUCCAGCGGACGACCGCCGUGCGCGACUCGCUCAGCAGCUCCUCGGACUUCAGCAGCAGCCGACACUCCAAGCUCACAACAAAGACACCUAGCCCGUACAGCUCCAGCAACUCGCUCAACUCCAUGGACUCGACAGGCAUGAACUAUACGCGCACCCCUGUGGUGCUACCCAAGACUUUGUCCUCAAUGUCGGUGGGUAUGGCGCCACCGCCUCGUAAGAAGCGGCCCGCCCCUCGUCCACCCAGCCAACUGGUGAUCCCCGAGCAGACAGUGCUGACAGAGAUUGACUCUAACCGAAUGACACAACCGGAACCAGCGUAUGCAGUGAUUGUCAAACGCCCGCAAAUGUGCGCCUCCACACCCAACUUGUCGACAGAACUAGACUGCAAUGGGAAUAAUGCCAAGACGCCGGAUGUUGUUGAUAGCAAUCACUACGAAACACUAGAGGUAAGGCGUGAUCCAAGCAAUGGGCUGCCGGAACCCACGCCCCGCAAACGUCUGGUGCAGGUAAAAAAGAAGGCUGCUCCGGCGCCACCACCAGAUGCCAGCGUGGAUACCGUAUCGCUAGCUUCGACCACGGCUUCGAUUUCGGAUACGCUUACGAAUGAGACAACAUCAACGCCACCAAUGGGGCCACCACAGCCAGCGCCGCGCAUUACGACACCAGUACCGACAACCACUUCGGCUCCGACAUCAACACCCACAGCGCAAAAGCUGGUGGAGAAACAAGCGACAACGCCACCACCGCUGCCUUCCAGCGCUGCACCCAUUCUUUCCAACCAAAGUCCCAGCUCCAGCCCCAUCCCCAACUCUAACAAUAAGAGCAACAAUAAUAGUCACGUUAACAAUGUCAGCAACGUAUCCAAAGUGCUGCUCAAUCGCACGCCCACACCAGAGCCCCGCUCAAUGAGCAGCGCCGCAGACGAGGAUGACAACGACGCUGCCUCCUCCAAGCAGGCUGACUCUGGCAUAGGCGAACCUGUUCCCUCCCCCUCACCACUACCCGAUAGUCUUCCCUCUGAGGCGGAACUAAAGUCCACAUUCGAGUCCAGCUCCGACGAUGAUGAAGCCAUCAAGGUGUAUAACUUUAAGCUGUGUAAGACCUCCAUUAAGGCAGAGCAGCCCGUUCAAUCGGAACCCCACGCCACAACGCUGGCCGAGUUGUCCGUGUUGACGGCCAAUGAUGAGGACUCCCUGCCCAGCGGCCAGAAUACGCCAGCUGUCAAUGGCACGCUGCCCACACCGAGUAGCGAGCAGACCUCGUUGACAUCCUGGAACUAUGCCGUGCCCAUAUCACCGCCACCAGAUUUCUCUGACCAGCUUGAGCUCAAGCCACGCCCCACUCUUCAACUAGAGUCGCCAGCUAUGGAAAUAGCGCGACCCAAGAGCGCUACCGGAUCUCCGCUCGAUGAGAUCGUGGAUGAAUUGUCGACAAUUAUCAAUGAACAACGCUUGGACAGUCUGAUACGUAAGCAGCCAACAAACACUGAGAUCGAGGCAGCCAAGCCUAAUAAACUGGCAAACUUCAGCAUUGCGUGCAUUGCCACAUCACCAACGACACCAACUCGUCAGGUCGCGCGUGCUGACUCUUUCCAGGCCAGCAAAUCCAGCCACGGUGACUCCAAUGGCCUUGGCCUGCGGAGCUCCUCGCACCUUUCGCUCACCAAAAUCGAACAGAACGGUCUUAGCCAGCACCAAAGGCGUUCCUCUAGCGAGCUGAGCAUUGGCGAGUCACCCUCGCUUCAGAGCCUCGAGGUAAUCAAGACGAUUUUGAGCUCCCGAAAAAAUAGCUUAGAGCAGAGUUCUGGUAGCAUAAGUCCGACCAGCACCAAGACCACGAUCAACCAGACCGUUACACAGCCACAGAUACCAAAGAGCAGUCCCAUUUCAGCUCCAAGCCCAACCAUAAAUCUGAUCCCGAACAGCACACCGUCACAAGUCCAGGAUUCAACAAAAGCUGCUGCCACAGUCUCUGCUCCAGCUCCCGCAACAUCUCCAAUUGCCACAUCCUACGCUGUAGAUAUUGUACCGACUCCCAUAUCUCCUGUAGCUACCACUUCCGUCAUCAGCGAGCCAUCAGAGCCCGCAAAGCAGCCUCUACCCCAAACCUAUCGCUACUCCGGUCCACCCAGUAUCAACUUUGCCACCUGGAGCGAGCGUCCCAAGUCGCAGGUGGCCAUCAAAAACGAAGGUGACUACAUAUUUGGGGGAAAGCAAGCCACCAACGCCGCUCAGCGUCAAUCCCUGGCCAACCAUAUUGAGCGUCGCUCUAACAGUCCAGGUCCGGUCACCGCGCCCGUUCCCGUGCCCAUCGAUAAUCCGGGGACGCCAGUCAAGCUGACCAUCGAGACAGCCGCACCUACCUUGCGCAUGGGAAUACCACGCAAGGAGUACAAAGUACCCAUUACAGUGAAGCCAUUGCGGGACGUAAGCGUCGAUAACGACUCUACAAGCCCAUCACUCGAGUCAUCAUCCGAGCCAGCAUCGUCUCAAGUGCAACUGACAUCGCACUCAUCAACGCUGCCACGUCCAGCGAAGAGCAAUCGUUUCACAUUGCCUGCUUCAAUGGGCCACCUUGAUAUCGGAUCCACAACCAGCAAUUCGCUACCACGUCCCACAUCUACCGUGGAACCCACAACCGCACCGGCACCUUUUGGCCAGAAUACGUUGCGCAGAACAGGCUUCAAGGAACGCAUGCUGGCCAAGGAGCAACAGGAAAAGGAGCAGGCGCUGCGCGUGCGCGUCGAGGUAAAUGGUGUGAAUGGAAUCAAUGGCAGUACCACAAGUACGCCCUCCUCACUUACUCCACCUCAGCCGGCAGCGAAGCCUGCCACAUUGCCCAAGACCGUCAUAAAUAGUAGCAGGCUGGAGCUGAAGCUAAAACAGGCAACCCCACCAUCGCCAACGCCAACCCCAACCCCAACCCCAGAAACACCCGCUCUACUGCAGGUCAAGCUUAGGUCCACUGCUAGAUCAGCAGCUCCAGCAGCUGCCAACACACCCGCACCGCCUCCGCCACCCAUGGCGCCGGCAGUACAGCUGAAGUCAGCGUCGCGCAGCGUCAGCGUCACGACGUUGACUCCAACGUCGCCAGAUCCGCGCUCUCAGCUGCUGGACGCCAUACGCAACUUCAAGCGUGAAGAGCUCAAUCGCGCUUGAGCGGCAUUUAAGAGAGCAUCGAACGCAAAAGAGAGUCAGAAAUCCGUAAAACGAAAUGCACAAAGCGAAUGCGCAAAUAUUAAAGCAACAAACAACCACAA